AUGUUAGACCAAAGCGUUUCCGUCGUUGUCAAAGAAUCUGAGAUGGCUAGAGACUUCAAAUCGCUAUUACCAGUUAUCGACAUCAGUCCUUUACUCCUCAAAUGUGAUGAUUCCGACAUGGCGGAGGAUGCCGACGUGGUGGAGGUCGUGGGAAAACUUGACAGGGCUUGUCGAGACGUCGGAUUCUUCUACGUGAUUGGCCAUGGAAUAUCGGAAGGUCUUAUGAAGAAGGUGAAAGAGAUGACACAUCAAUUCUUCGAGCUUCCUUACGAGGAGAAACUUAAGAUCAAGAUUACUCCAGCUGCUGGAUACAGGGGAUAUCAGAGAAUUGGAGUAAAUUUUACGAGUGGAAAACAAGACAUGCAUGAAGCCAUUGACUGUUACAGAGAGUUCGAGCAUGAAAAGUAUGGAGACACUGGAAAGAUCCUGAAAGGGCCAAACCAGUGGCCAGAGAAUCCGAAAGAGUACAAAGAAUCGAUGGAGGAGUAUAUUAAGCUCUGCACAGAUCUUUCUAGAAACAUCUUGAGGGGAAUCUCCUUAGCUCUUGGUGGAUUACCUUAUGAGUUUGAAGGAAAAAUGGUUGGAGACCCUUUUUGGGUAAUGCGUAUUAUUGGUUAUCCAGCUGUAAACCAAGAAAAUGUUAUCGGAUGUGGAGCUCACACUGACUACGGAUUGUUGACGCUUCUAAAUCAAGAUGAUGAUAAAACUGCUCUUCAGGUGAGAAACUUGGGUGGAGAAUGGAUAUCAGCAAUUCCGAUCCCUGGAUCAUUUAUCUGCAACAUCGGUGACAUGUUACAGAUACUUUCAAACGGAGUAUACAAAUCGACGCUUCAUAGAGUGAUCAACAACUCUCCUCGGUACCGUGUAUGUGUCGCAUUCUUCUACGAGACUAACUUUGACGCGAUGGUUGAGCCGUUGGAUAUCUUCAAAGAGAAGUACCCAGGAAAUAAAACAUGUCAAGAAACCAAAAAAGUUGUCUACGGAGAGCAUCUGGUUAACAAAGUCACGACCACCUUUGCAAAUUUAGUGGAACACAGUUAA